AGGACUAUUUUGUAACUCUAUUAACCAUAGAAAUACCUGGAUGGAGCAUAGAUGAAAAUAAAAACACAAGAGAACUCCCAUUUCAGAUAAGCUGAGAGAGGAUACUAAAAAAAGCUAAAGAGUAGCCAUUCAUUAUAUUGGAACUUCUGCUAAAAAUUGAUUGCUCCAUAAUUUUAGAACGAUAUUAUCUUUGGAUAUGAGUGGAUUUUAGAAUAACUCAAAAGAUCAACAUUCCCUGAGGCUGAAACUGAAAUAUGCAAAGAAAUGGGCUAUCUAAAAAAACAUAUAGAAAUCUAUUGA